UCUCGAGCCGCUUGGUGGCUGGCCGAGGCGCUUUCCGCCUCCCUCUCCUCACCCCUCCCCUUUUUCCCCUGCCGGAGGGGAGGGGGAGCAGCGCGACCGCUGCUACCGCUGCCGGAGGUGUUUUGCCGUUCUCAAGGCUGCGGCCUCCCUGAGGUGCCUCGAGGUCCUGCGUUGCCUCCGAGCGGCGGCGGCGGGCGGCAGAGGGGCGGCCGCGUCGCUCCGAAAAUGUCGCAGACAGCCAUGUCGGAGACGUAUGAUUUCCUGUUUAAGUUUUUGGUAAUUGGAAAUGCAGGCACUGGCAAAUCCUGUUUGCUUCAUCAAUUUAUUGAGAAGAAAUUCAAAGAUGACUCAAAUCAUACUAUAGGAGUGGAGUUUGGUUCAAAGAUAAUAAAUGUUGGCGGCAAAUAUGUAAAACUACAAAUAUGGGAUACAGCUGGACAAGAGCGAUUCAGGUCUGUAACACGAAGCUACUACAGAGGUGCAGCGGGUGCCUUACUUGUUUAUGACAUCACCAGUCGUGAAACCUACAAUGCGCUUACUAACUGGCUAACAGAUGCAAGGAUGCUAGCAAGUCAGAAUAUUGUUAUAAUACUGUGUGGGAACAAAAAGGAUCUUGAUGGAGAUCGGGAAGUCACUUUCUUGGAAGCAUCCAGGUUUGCUCAAGAAAAUGAACUUAUGUUCUUGGAAACAAGUGCGUUGACAGGGGAGAAUGUUGAAGAGGCCUUUGUACAGUGUGCCAGAAAAAUACUUAAUAAAAUUGAGUCAGGUGAACUGGAUCCAGAAAGGAUGGGCUCAGGUAUUCAGUAUGGAGAUGCUGCCCUGAGACAGCUGAGAUCUCCGCGAAGAGCACAAGCUCAAAGUGUUCAAGAAUGUGGCUGUUAGGAACAGGCAACCGAAACAUUCAUUUGAGCAGGGGAAGAGCUGUCCUUGAAAAUGACGAUUAAUGAAACUACUGCCAUGGCUUCAAGACUGCAGUUUUAGAACUGUUUUUUGAAUCAAUAAAGCAUACCACAUCUGGUAUUUUUUAAAAGUACUAUGAAAUGGCUUCCAGAAGCGUGCACUUGGCACAGCAAGAUUGCAAAAAAAUAAAAUUUGGUAAUUCAGUGGACAAGAGUAAAAUAUCAGUAUGUAAAAAAAAUUCUGUUGCAUAUUUUUGCUCAUUUCUUCCAGUUUAAGACAUUGCUGUAUCCUGUGUAUAUAAAAUGUGGUCAUUAAAUUUCCAAAGCAUGAUAUACUGACAUAAUGUUGCACUAACAUUUGUUUGUUUUAUAAAUAAGAACUGAAAUGUAACUGGUAGGCUUUAUCAUGUUUGGUGGUUUGUUUGUUUUUAUUUUAUUUUUUGUACAAUAGCUUUUAUUUAUGUUUUGAUAUUGAAAGCUACUGGCAUUGAUUGUCAGUGAUUUAUUUGCCACAUUCUACAAGUUAUAUGAUUUAUUUUUUUGAAAAACAGGCCAUAAGUUUACUAAUAUGUUGUGGGUUUUUUACUGAAGCAUAACUGAACUGUUUCCUGACAAUUCUUAAAUGUAUUUCAAUCACUUUGACAACUGUAGGCUAUACAAUUCAUCUGUGAUCUUAAGAGCUUACUGCUGUCUGAUCUUGCCUUGGGAAAUUCUUGUUUUCUACAUCUGAAAUUGUAACUGAAGUUUUAUGUUUUGGGGAAAAGAUAAUGCCUACUUGUUUUGCCAUUCUAGAACAGUGUUUGAAGUUGUGAAUCAUCGUUAUCUGACUUUUUUUUAAAUUAAAGUAAUUUCUAUACCUAAGACUCUGUUCAGGUUAUCCUCCUUAAAAAGAAGCAAUUUGUUAUGAAAAGUAGCAUAUGUUGUAUAGACUGCUUCAAAAUCUGUAGUACUUAAUGCAUUGCAGUCAGCUUCUUUAACUCUGUAAUUUAGAAACACAAUACAGUAAAUGGCAGCAACUAGUCAAAGAUAAACACUGCCCUCUGCCUUCUUGGUAUCGAACUGAGUGUUCUAUAGAGACACUUGGAAAUAUGAAACCUUGACUUUGCCUAAGAGAAACAGGUGUGUGUAUGUAAAAGUCAAAUUGGCCUCUUAAAUGUUCUUGAUACCUAAAAACUCCAGAACAUGAACAUUUAUGACUGUUGAUACACAGAUAAUUCCGAAAUAUGGAAACAUUGAAGGGGUGUAACUAUAGUUAUUUGAGCUAGAUUGUGUUAGUUUUAACUAAGGAUGUACAUUGUUUAAAACUUUUUGGUUGGUCAUACCUGAGGAUGUAACAAAAUGAGGGCAAACAUUGACAUUAUUGUCAAAUAAGUACAGUAUUUGAUUGAGCCUAAGUUGGCAAGACACAUGAGCGGUUUCUUUUUUUAAUGGUUAUUUACUCAAAAUGCAGGCAGCAGGAGAGACUGAAUUUGAUUGGAGCUGUGAGACAUUUUUCUGAUAAAAAUCACUGCUUCCAGCUCCUCCUUUCUCAGCUAGUUUCACAUCCUUGAGGAGAAACUAUACAGAGCAACUGGGGGUGGGAUCUACAAGAAAUGGUUUAAGCACCCUUUCUAGAACAUAGCUCCUCUAAUGUUUUUAUGUUGCUUUUCUCUCAUAAAUUGCAUUUAAGGCAAUUUAAUAAGUGGUCUAGAACAACUCAAAGAAACAAUUGCAAUACAAAAUGGCAAAUAAAAGUAACAAAGCUUCAUUACAAUGCAGGUAAAAUAGUUAAAAUAAUGCAAAUAAGACUUUAGUAGUCCUAUGCCAAGCCAAAGCUCAUCACAUUGAAUGACAAAAACUGAACAGGUCAGCAAAAUAAACUGAAUGCCAUAAACCUAGAUAAACAGGGCAGGCUCCAGUGGCAGAGGUGCCCAGAGCAAGGCCCACGAUGAGACUUAACUGAUGGGCAAGUUCAUCCAGGAACAGGCAGUCUUCCAACUCUGCAGGCCUGUUGUUGCAUUUCAGUAAAUAAUGGUUGGGAGACAGCUCAUGCAUUUUAAUCCAAGAUGAUGAACACAUUUUAAUGUUGGCAUUUGAGUACAUUUUGCAUCCUCCCCUCCCUCCCCCACCAUUCAGGGAAAGUAAAAUGACAGAUUGUAAGCACGUUACUCAUUAGCAUACAAAAUGGACACACUAAUCCUUUGAGGUAAAUGAGAACCUUUAACUUGAAGGGGUUGAUUCAUCAAAAAGUUAAUUCCCAAAAAUAAAGUAGACUGAUGUAAACAAAAUAACAUGCUUCCAUGCAUUGUACUGGAAAAAAAGUCAAUUUGAAGUCUACUUAAACAUCCACUCAAAGUAAAGAAAGUGAUUAGCAUGCAGUAUCUAUUAAUGCAUUUGGUUCACAGCAUGGGUAUAUGAGGUGCACUGCAUGGAUGUCUUAUAAUGGUUCAGAAGUGCCGUACUUUCAAAGAAUAUUAUUUGGCGUGUGUGUGUUUUUAUUGUGUACUUUUUCUAAUGUUACAUAUAUUAAUGUCAACAAUUCCAAAGAAGUAUAGUCAGUAAGUCCUAAAGUCCAACUUGUAAUUUGUUCCUAGUCUUCUACAUAAUACUUGAAGCUCCCCUUUCUCCUCCCUCCCACCCCCUACCCAGUGACUGCUGUACUGCUGCCCUCUCUCAAACUGGAGGGAAUAGCAGAAAAAAGGAGGUGCCAUGCUACUAUUAAUUGUGAACCGAUUAAUGAUGUAGUAAAAUCUCAGGUAUUUACUCCAUAGGUUUUUGUACAUCUUCCUGUUGCAUUUGGUUCUUUCCCAUAAUCCCUUUUCAUCUUCCGCACAUCUUUCAUUGACAUGGAUCACCCUGGGCCAACCUGGUACCUGCCUGGCGUUUUGGACUAGGCCUUCCAUCAGCCUCAACCAGCGGGACUUGUAGUCCAAAAUAUGUGGAAGGCGCCAGGUUAGCAUAGACUGAUGUAAAUGGUUGGUAGUUAGUACUACAGCACAAAAACUGGUCUCUCCCUGUCGCUAGCCGCCUUUAUAGUUGGUUGGGGAACUCAAGGCCUUGUGCCUUACUGCUUGUAUUUAGGUGGUUUGGGUUGCGUGUGUUCUGAUGGAGUUCUGUUUCCUCCAUUGGGCAUCAAUGCAAAUGCAGGCACAAUAAACUCGCUGUCUUGCUGUUUGUUUCUAGAUUUAGCUAAUAAAUGUGACUUCACAAACUUGCUUAUCUUUGAUAAAGGAAAAAAAACAAUUGGAACUUAACAUUUCUAUGGGGCUAAAAUUACCUUAGGCAGAACUGUACUGCGGCUUCAGUUCUAAACUAAUAUUUGUAAGCUCCUUUCCAAAUUUUGUGCCUGCAAAUUAGCAUGAAUGAGUUUUUGUUUUUACAGAAAAUUUCAUAUGAGAGUUCAUACUGCCUGUGCCCAAAACACUGCUCCUGGUUGUUUCUCAAAACUGGAUUUAUUUAAAUAUUAGAGUUAGGCUUUGCGAGGAGGAAAGUUGGUUCAGGAAAUGAUUAGAGACACCCAGGUCAUUGAUUCUUGCCUUCAUUACAUUACUGCUUCUAAGGGACACAUGGAGUUUGGAACCCCGUGUUUCCCUUCCAGUGUGUAGUGUCAGGACUCUGAAAAUUGUAGCUGAACUCUUGUACACCCUUGUUAACAUGAGUUGGAGAAACUGUUGUUCAUGCAGUUGAAAUGUGCUAGAUUGCUACCUGUAUUGGCUUGAUUCCACAAGUUGGAACUGCAGGAGCUUAAGGAGUAUUAUUACAGUUGAGCCUCAAGACAAAUGCUCUUGGCAUUUAAUUGCUUCUAAAAAUAAAAGUGCUUUUACACAGUGUUAGUAUACAUUAAACUUUAAAUGCAUGACUUCUAUACUGUAUAAAGAAUUUACUAUGCUGCUUUAUGUCACCAGAAAAAUGUUACUAAAUAAAAGGUUUUAUUUAAAUGUAUUUACUGUAGGUUUCUUUUCAGCCAUAGCAGGCUUAGGGAGGGUGUGGGUGGAAGGGGUGGAAAGCUGUGCUCCCUGGCUGAUCAGCCUUUUCAUGCUUUCACAAUUUCCUGCAUUGUUAACAUCUCCAAUGUGCACUGUUGCAGCUCUAUGAAAUCUCAAACCUGCCAAGGGUAGAUGUUCAGAAUUUUAACAAUAUCGAUAAUCUUAUUUAUCUACAUGUAUUAGACAUCCCCAUACAUUAAAUGCUCAGAAUAUUAAUAAUGACUUGCUAAAACUAAGUGGCAUGAUUGCCGUGAAAACAAGCACACAAUUUUUAAUGGAUGGAUAGGUGUAUACCGUACUAGGAAGCUUAUGUGAUUUUAAAUGGUUUCAUGCGCAAUGCCUGAUUUUAAGCUUUGGUCUUAGGUUAUUUCUGGACAGUAAUAAUUGGAUUUUCUAUGUUUCUUACUGAAUAAUCCAGCAACCAACUGUCCAGUGCAUGUUUCCUGUUAAUAUUACAAAGCUGACCCAGCUAUAUUCUAUGGAGAACUGAAAAAUAUCGCCAGUUUCCCAAAUUUUAAUGUGUUCUUACCCUGCUUUUAGGUAAUGAAUACAACACCUGUUUAUCAUCUUGGGGAGAGAAGUAACAUUAAAAAAUAUCUAUUUUUAGGGAACGUGAGUAGUUAAGCUGGGAAGGAAAUUGUAAAAAUUAUGUACUGUAGCCCAGGUCUUUUUAUUUUUUCAAGGAAGUGUUACCUCUCUUCAUAAAGUACAGACCAAAAAUCCAUACAAACUCAAGUUUAGGACUCAUCCACACACUUCCCUUUGUUAGGAUGCUAGACUUUUGUUAUUAAUAUAUGGUCAGAUCUUUCCACAGUGUUACAACAAGGCUACAAUUCUCUGCUCACUUAGGAGAAAAAGCCUUGGCAACCACAAAGUGGGGGGGGGGGCUUAACAGCCCCUAUUGGGCAUGUUUAUUCAGACAGCUGGUAUUCUAUGCCAAAACAGAAAGCAAGAGUCUCCUAACUUGAUCCCUUGUUUGAAGCAGUACUUGGAUCAUUCCCCUUAGUCCAAUUUAUCCCUAAGAUUUUCAAAACACAUAGGCACACUACAAACCUCUUUUUUACAUGUAGUAAUCAUUUAAGCAUUUCCCAGUACGUUUGGAGUUUCUCAGCCCAUCCAAUCUUUUACAUCACUUACUGACUGGAAAAGGGCCUACCACUAAAGAUAAAGGGUAUGAGGGAGGUGUCUAGAUUUCUUGUCGCUCAAUUGUGUCUGAAAGCAGCUUAAAAUUAGUGUCUAUAGUGGGGGAUAUUUUUCAACCCAAUGACCACAUUCCAGUUUGCGCAACCUUUAGGGCCCAUGCUGCAGUGGUGGAUGGAGCCAGAGGCAAAAGUGGCCAGAAUCAAUGUCACUUUUGCCUUGGUACGGCAGGCUAGUUUCACCACACACAAAACCCCUAUCACCCAUCUAGACAAAACAAGAGAAUUAGUGGAGUUUAAGAACGCAUUUCAGCCACACAAAAUGACACGGUUCUAGUGAGGGUUCUAGCCUGAGAAGAAUUCUGAAUGCCAGAGGGGGAGAGGCCUGGAGGGCCACGUUCAACCCUCAGGCCUGAGGUAAAACAUAGCCUUAUUCUCCACAAAUUUGUCUAAUCUUUUAAAGCCAUCCAAGGUGGUACAUUUUGUGGGAAUAAAUACCAUAGUUUUCUAAAACUAUGGUGGAAGGUUCAAGAAAGGGCAGCCAAAACAAACAAGGAAGGGUACAGCAACUCCCCUAUGAAGAAAAGUUUUUGUGUUCCAAAAAAACAACAAUUGGGAGUAUUUAGCUUGCGAAAAAGGAAAGAGGAGACAUGAUAAAUAAAAUUAUGCAUGGUACAGAGAAAAAGAUUGGGAAGCGGCUAAUUUCUACACAUUCUUAUGCAUCCCUCUCUAUCUUACAUGCAACCAAGGGGGAUUGUCAGAGUGGAAGGACACAAAAUAAGAGUCGUAAGACUUAUUUCACCAAUAUCAAGAAAGCACUACUACUGCUUUUUCAAAAUGUUUUUUCCCCCAAAUUGAUUUUAUUCACAUGUACAAAGUCAUGGCAAGUACAAUUAAAUAUAAAUAACACAAUAACAUUAGAAAAAAAACACACUAUUUAAAAACACAUUCUAAGUCACAUAUUGCUUCAAGCUUAUUUCCCCCCAAGCUUUUAUCUAAAGUGAUUUCAGUGCUCACAAAAGCUAAGUGUGGCAGCUUCCCUGUACCUUUAACUUUACAUUAUAGGAACUACAUACAGGAACAGAGUCAAGAGUUUAUAGCCCCCACUUGUUCAAGUAUCUGGGCCUUAAACAGUCGUGCUCAAAAGACUGCCAUGUUUGGUCUGGUUACUCGCCUUUUAUGGCUUUAGGCUGUACGUUGCUCUUUGUAUUACACCAGCAUUUUGGUACUCCUAACCUGUCACAAACCAACAUAUUUCAAAGAGGCAGGAGUAUGCAAACAUAAACUAGUAGAUAGUUCAUGCUUCAGGUGAUGCUGCCUCCCACAUCAAGAAGGUAGCUUUCUCAUCUAGAAGCCAUAUUUUAUGCCAACCUGGUAUAAGACAGUUUUCAGUAGGCUAAAAUGCGAGUGGUCUCAAUUGCUUAUAUUCCCGUCUGCCCUGGCAGCUCAAGCAGGGGAGACACAUUUCAAAGGUGGGAGAAGACCCUGAGGGAAGUUGAGCCAGAGCCAUUUUCCCAUCAAGCAACAGCUCUAGCACUGCAGCUACCAUUGUGCCAACCCCAGAAGCUUCAAAAGGCAGGGAGGACGUGGGACCCUCACCAAAUUUGGUCAGUUCUAGGGGAAGUCUAAUCCCAGGGCUGAAUAAGCAUUCUGCUCCAUGCUUACAGAAGAUAUAGCUGCCAGUAAUAGUGAAGGAGGGCUCAGUACAAGCAAGAUGCCUGAGGGUAAACAGU